AUCUCCUAAUCGCUUGUUAAUUUGCUUAAUUUAAACUGCAGGUUUUAUAAAUACUCCCCACUGCAACACCAUCAUGGCCGUCUUCCACCUCCAGCUUUCUCCUCCUCCAGCGAAACCCUGAUCCAAAACUUUAGGUUUUUGGUAGCUGAGGUGAAGAUAUGCAGCCCUGCAGCAAGGAGAUGCAAGGAGUAGCGACGUCCCUUGGCGGAAUGGUACCCUCUGGCCUCGCCGCCCACAUCGGCCCCCAUGAGCUCCAGAAUGGCGGUGGCGGCGGCGGAGGAAGCGACGAGUUCUUCGAUCAGAUGAUAUCCGGCUUCGGAGCUACCUGGUCACAGGGGCUCGGGAGGUCUCUCGAUAAGGCCGUUAGGUCGCCGGAGGAGCAGGCAGCGUAUGAAGGCAUCCGGUACGCGCCCUACGAUGAGUCGUCUUCACUUCUUGCUUCACGUAUCCGGCAGCAACAGGCUUCUGAAGCCGAAGAAAGCUCUCCGAUGGAGAAGUCGAUGCUGCAGCGGAUGCUACUCCAGUCGUUAGGGCGAAUGCCGGAGGCCGGCGGCGACACGGGGCUCUUUGUCCCGCUUCCGCUCUCCCUCGGCAACGGAGGGGCAGGGGAUUCGAGUCUGGUCGACAGAUCGCCAGAGGUCGAUGCGCGCUUCAAAACCCCCAAUCCUUUGGACGCAGAAGUAUUGUACAACGGUAGCUUCCUUGGAUCAUUUCAGCACCCAGCUCCAACGCCAAACCAACACCACCAUUUCCAGCAUCACAAUGCUCAGAGCUACGGAGGAUUAUCGUCAGCGGCGACCACCACCGGGGCGGGGCAGCCCUCUGCUGCAACGGCGCCGGUCUCUUCUGCGCACACAGGCGGAGGCUCGCAGGCACCUCCAAGACCAAGGAUCAGGGCGAGGCGAGGGCAAGCUACCGAUCCACAUAGCAUCGCAGAAAGACUACGGAGGGAGAGGAUCGCAGAGAGAAUGAAAGCUUUGCAGGAGUUGCUGCCCAGCGCAAACAAGACGGACAAGGCAUCGAUGCUGGAUGAAAUCAUUGACUACGUUAAAUUCCUGCAGCUCCAGGUGAAGAUCUUGAGCAUGAGCAGAUUAGGCGGAGCAACCUCGGUGGCACCACUGGUCGGCGAUGCGUCUCCAGAGAGAGGAGCAGAACGGCCAGGAUCCGUCAUUGCUGCGGCUGCCGUGGGCAACGACGGCCUGACGACAGCGGAGCGGCAGGUGGCAAAGCUGAUGGCGGAGGACAUGGGAUCGGCCAUGCAGUACCUGCAGGGGAAGGGCCUCUGCCUGAUGCCCAUCUCCCUCGCCUCCGUACUCUCCUGUCACCCCUCCUCCGCCGCCGCCCAGUUCAACCGCCGCCCCCCUCUGCCGCUUCCUCCGCACGUCGUCGACGCCCCCUCCUCUCCCAGCAUGUCCGCGCUCACCGUGCAGUCGACCACCGCCACCGGCGCUGACACCUCGAGACAGUGAUGUACGUCGUCGUUGCUCCUCCUCGAUUUUUGCGCCUGGAAUCGGAACUCCGUUAAUUUUUUGGCUUCCUUUUGCUGUUCAUCCGCUUUCCUUCCUCGUGUUUUUUUAAUGUAUGAUCUUUCCGGGCGAUUCACUUUA